AUGACCCGCGCCCCACUCGGUGCCGUCUCGUCCAACGGUGCGCACCAGCGCGCCGUGAGCGUCCCGUCGCGCUACGCCGCCCAGCCCAAGCCGACCGGCAUGCCGACGCUGCGCUCUCAGCUCGAGACGGCGAGGAGCGAGUUGGAGUCAGUGCGGCGCGAGCUGGAGCGGUGCCGGGCACAGGAGAAGGCGGCGAGAGCCGAUGCGGCGGUGGCGGAGACGGCAGCGGCGGCCCGCGCCGCAGAGGCGGCCGAGGCGGCGCGGGCAGAGGCGGAGGCGGCGGAGAGAGCAGACCGGGCGGUGGCGGAGCGGCGGCCGCUGCAGGCCGCGGUUGCGGAGGGGGAGGAGGCCGCCGCGGAGGGUCGCGUUGCGAGGGCGGCACUGGCGUCGGAGCUCGAGCUCGCCGACUCGCAUCUUGAAGAGGCGCACCGGGCGGCGCAGGCGUGGUGCUCGCAGGCCUGCUCCCUCGGAGCGCAGCUGGGACCGCUGCCCGGCAAGCUGUCCGCACUCGAGGCGGCGCUCGCAGCAGAGCAGCGGCGGAGUGCGCAGCUCUCUUCCUCCCUCGACACGGCGCGAGACUCGAUCGCGCAGCUGCGCGACGUGUCCUUACCCGCGCUGGCGCGAGAUGUCGAGGCGCAGCGCGCGCGCGCCGACGCCGCCGAUCGGCGGGCUGGGCUCGUGCGGCGGCGGCUCGCCGCGCGGGACGAGGCGUUGGGUGCGCAGGCGGCCGCGCUGGACCGGCUGGCGGCGGCGCUCGGGGAGGCGGAGGGGGAGGAGGGCCUCGCCGGGCUCGCGCGGCGUGCGCUCGGCUCGCUGAGCGGUUAUGCCGUCGAGUCUGCUGCGGCGGCGGGCAGCCCGCGGCUGGAUGCGGCGCAAGGCUGCCUCGUGCGGCUGUGUCGCGCGGCCGACUCGAUGGCAGAAUGGUUGCCUGCGUGCGCUGCGGCGCGUGGCCGAGAGGCGAGGCAGCUGGCCGAGCUGGCGCAGGCGGAGGCGGAGGAGGAGGAGCGCGCGGCAGGCGGCGCAGGCGAGUCGGCCUCGGGUGGGGGCGGGGGCGGCCUCUCGCCCGGCGCGUGGAGCGCGCGCAAGCCUCCUCGCCGCGCCGCGGGGGCGUCGCCCCUCCUGUUUUGA